UUGAUCUAUGAGAAGCUCCCAGCCGAUAUUGCUAGCCGCCAGGUGUUGUUGCUUGGCCUAGUUCCCGCAUCAAUUACUAGCAUAUCAGUGUCUCAAGCUGGAGUUACUUUGACACCGGAACUCAUUGCCACUCUGUCUUUUUUCUUACCUGCCAAAGAAAAAUUCUCCCUUUCAGAAAGUGCCCAACCAAUCGUGGGAUCUUCCACAUUGAGGCCUUUAUUAACUUCUACUGUUGUGCCUCAUAACGGAGGAGUUUCAUCUAAGCCAUUGGCUAAUUUUGCAAUCCCAGCGAGUGCACAGUUUGCUGUCUCUCCGCAGCUUAACCAUCAGCAUCAGCAAGUGAUGCUGCAGGAUUCCCAGACGAGCAAUGGGAUGGGCUAUGAUACAGGCGGUUUUACGUUACAGGGUUCAACAGUCCAACAACCCCUUAAUGCUGUUACAUUGCCCAAUGUGGUUCAUGGUUCUAGUUUUUCAGAGCAGCAUACUGUCAUGCCAGUGGUGUCUGACCAAGUCAAUUUGGAUGUCAUGAAUCAGGUGCAACAGCUUCAGUCUGCACCAUAUGGAUCUGAUCAGGGAACAUCAGAAUUUGAGGAUAAGAACAAGCGAUAUCGAUCAACGCUGCAACUUGUUGCUAAUCUCCUUUUUCAGAUAAAGCAGCAGUAG